AAGGGGGGUCCAGAGGUAUAAAAGAAGUGUAUGUUCCCUCAACCAUCAGACUUCACGCCUUUCCUUGUCCUGCAUGUCUCAGAUCAGAAGCUAAGAUGACUUUCUACGACGACAUUUACCCAUUCUACCCGCUACAAAGGACUGCCUUCAUUGUCAGCGGCCGACUGCUCGCCAUUAUUCUGGUCUUCCUCAUGCUGGCAGUCGGUCUUCUUCUCAUCCUGCCAGGAAUACGAGGAAGGACGCGGGUCUUCUGGAUGCUCAGGAUAAUGAUCAGCUUGUUUGUAGGUGUAGUUAUAGUAGCUCUGAACUUCACUAACAGCUGGGCUGAGGCCAGGAUGACCACAAACGCUACCUACAAGUCCUUCAGUAAUGCUGUCAUCCAGGCUGAGGUCGGCCUGCAUGUUGGGCUGUACGGCAUCAACGUGACACUUAGAGGCAAUCCCAUUGUGCAGUUCAACGAAACCAUCAACUACAAUGAGAUGUUCAGCUGGCAUGACAUCGCUGAAGAAGAGUAUGAGCAAGCUUUGAUCAAAGGUUUACCGAACCCCAUCUUAUACAUCGUGGAGAAAUUCACCCUGAGCAGCCCCUGCGGGAUGAUCUUUCAGUACAGUUACUCCGGACGCUUCGCCUCUGCUACCCUCUGGACAGCGUUUUGCUGCUGGAUUCUCGCCAACAUCUUGUUCUUCUUGCCCGACGUUGUUUACGCCGGGUACAUGACCAUGGCCACUGCCGCCUUCAUCUUCUUCUCCAUGGCCUCCUUCUCCACCAUCAUGAAUGUGCCUCGGUGUGUUUUCUCCAUAGGCGAAGACUCCUUUGUGACAGAGUACAGCCAUUCGUUUUGGCUGGCGCUGGCUACAGGAGUGCUUUGCACCAUCAUCGGGUUUUUCGUGGUGAUGCUGUACUUCCUGAUGCCAGAGAAGCUAUGA